GCCUACGGCACCUGCCACUGCUCCCUGGCACCACCAAUGCUGCCUGCCUCCGGCAUCCACGAGUGGCUCGUGCUGUGAGCCAGGAGCUGCUGGGAGACACUCGUUACAAGACAGAGGAGAGCAGCCAGGGACAAGAAGGAGGAAGUGGUGAGGAUGGCCAGCAACUCCAGUGCGUUGCCACGGGUGACUUUCCAGACUCCGGAGAAGCCUGGGGAGGAAUCGUCACACAGGAAACUGGGCAAGCUAACCAUAAAGUACAACCGCAAAGACCUACAGCGUUGGCUAGACCUGGAGGAGUGGAUCAAUGCCCGGCUGCAGGAGCUGUAUCAGUACCCGCUAAGAGAGAAAACGGAUGCAGAAGUUCCUGGACCAGUAAUUGACCUUGAAGAUCUCCUGGAAGUACCUAAUGAACAACAGAAAUUAAAACUACAGGAAAUCCUCCAUGAGUGCUCCAGCCCAACAGAGGACUUCAUUACGGAAUUGCUCAGUCGAUUGAAAGGUCUCCGGAGAAUCACCAAUCCUCAGAAGAGGUUACCUCACCCAUAAGGGACAUCCAGCUUUGGUCAUGAGGAAAAAUGCGUCUUCCCCAUAAAAAACAGAUCAGCAAGAUCACUUCAGAAUACAUUUAGGAUUUACUGUUUUAAGAAACAUCGCAGAGUUUGUGAACUUUGUACCAGUGGCUUGAUGUCUCCACUCCUUCCAGAUCUACAUGCAUAGCAGGAGGCUAAGCUGUAUGUUUUCCUGACUCUCAAAGGGCAUUUUAACCUGGAGAGUGGGACAAGAUGUCCUUCCUUUAGUUUCUUCUAGGAAUUUCCAAGCUGGCUUGGGAGCAUUGAAUACAAUUCUCAGGAGCACAUAAAAACUUCCUUCUUUCCAUCCACUGCAAGGAAAACAAGACACUGGUUAUCACUCCUUCAUCAGCACAGAAAGUUGGUUACUGUGAAGCUGCACCCUGUUUCAAGUCUGGCUGGGACCCAACUGUGAUCUUUUGCCUGUUACUGCCAUACCUGGCUCUACAGCAUUGCUCGUACUUCGUAGAUCUUAUUAAGCCUCUGUUAGCCAUGAAGGUUCAACAGAAAAUAUACAAUAGGGUCAAAGGAAAACAUCCAAGUGCAUUUGGUCAGAACUUAAGGGGAAGCUGACAAAAUGGCUGCUAAGGCUAGUGGAAGAGAGAUGUUUUUCCUCUUUGCAGAAUUUAGAACUUGAUGAUUUGGAAGCACCUUCUACAGGAGUGAGGCCUGGGAAUGAUUCUUCUCACCACUUAAAAAGACAUUGUAAAAUACUUAUUUUGUAUAUUAAAACAGAGAAAAACAGCCA